GGUCUUUUUCCCACACACAUUCAAAGUUAGAAAAAUUCCUUUUGCUGUAAACGCAAAUAAAUUCACACGAAAUGCAAUUUUCUUCACAAAACUCCAAAUCUUCAAAAAAUGUCCAUUAAUAAAACGCAGCUGAACGCUUUGGUAAAUGCAAUGGUGGAAAAUGCUGAUAUAGGCAGAAGUUUUCAGAAGAAAAACAAGGAAAAGACCCAGCAAUUCUGGAAGGAUUUGAAUAAUUACUUAAAUAGCUUGGGGCCGCCAAUAAAAUCGAUCUUUGAAUGGAAAAAGGUAUGGAUUGACCAAAAACGGUAUGUGCGGAAGAAGGCUAUUUUAAAUGCACAAAAUAGAAAGAACAACGAUGGAGGUAAGAUAUAUAUUUUUUCCGCAUUGGAGCAGUCAAUUCUGAACUUGGCAAUGCCUGUUGAAGACAACAAAUCAGACAUGAUUCAAAAGAGUACUCUCUCUGAGAUUGAGGGAGACACAAAUGUAACUUUCAAAGUUUUUAAAGAAGAACCAUUUGAACAAGAAGAUAGUUUUCAAGAGAACUCAUCUGUUUGCGAAUACAUCGGUCAAAGCAGACCGGAAAGUACUACACCAAUACAUAAGAGAAGUCGUGCAAAUGAAUUUGAAAUCAAUCCCAAUGACUUAUUGGCCAUGGAGUUUAACGUCCAAAAUGAAAUGAUUAAUAACUUUGCUGGUGGCCCAGAACUGAGCGGAAAUCAAUACAAUGAAGUCCAACGUCAGCUAAAAGAUUUGAAGGCAUCAAUCGAAAGUUUAAGAGGGUGUCAAGACAGAUUGUUAUUUGAAACAAAGCGUCACCAUUUAGAAAUGGAACGCCUUAAAAAAAUUGAAAUGGAAAGGAAUCUGGAACUCAUCAAACGUCAAAUUGAAGUGCAGGAUUGGAAAAUACUUGCUGCGAAAAGAAGUUUAGGCAUGGAUUAAAUAUAUGAAAUAACACGAGCGUUUUGCAGUGCAAAGGAAAUAAUUUAGUUUCAUUGGAUAUCUGAAUUACAUAUUUUAUAGUUAAUAUGAAUGCAUAUGUACGUAAUCCAUGUUCAUACAUACAUAGUUUAAACAUUCUACAAAAGUGUAUUCAUUAAACAACUUUCAUUUUUAAUAUUAUGGACAAAAUAUGCAAUGACUCAGCGAGAGCUAAGCAAUCUUUUAUAAUUUGUUACAAAAGUCCAUAGUAAAAACUGCCUUCCUCAUGUGAUUCACAAAAACCUAAUAGA